AAUGUUGGCUGGGAAAACAUGGCUUUUGUUUUCUUGAAUCGAUUCCUGGACUUGUGUGAAGCUAUUGAAGAGGGCUCACUAGAUUCUCUUGAUCACACAGACUUCCUAGACACUGACAUUCCCUAUGAGAUACCCUUGCCUGAUUCCCUGACAGUACCUGAACCUCUGAGAGAAGAGGCCAAGGAAUGGGUGCUGGCAGUGUCUAUGGAUCAAAGAGUGGAACAGAUCUUACCAACAGACGAGAGGGGAGUUUAUGAGGCAUCUCUUGUAGGUGCUGACAAUUCUAGGUUCCCUGCCUGCGUCAUUUCAGGCUACCCAGUAAUAAGGAAUCGUUUGGACCUGAAGCGUGGCCAGGCUGCAAACAAGGAGGAUUGGAAUAAGCUCAUUAUGGCUACAAAAAUGUCCAGUUCACCCGAGUGUCAGGAUGUGCUAAAAUUUAUCACUGCCUGGUGUGGUGGGCUCCCUGGCAUGGGAUACAAUUUUCAGUAAUGGUUCUUGUGAGAGCUCUGCUUAGACCUGCCUUUAACCCAUUGAAUCCAGAUGCUGUACUGCCAUGAUGCAGCCCAAAAUACAGGCAUUAGAAAGGUGUGUGGCUUGUGGUUUGGAAAUACAUAAACAAGCAUUUCCUCUGCAGUUUUUUCUUCCUUUCUCUCUUUCUUUCUUUCCCCUUCUUUUUUCUUUGUGCAUAAGCAUAAAGUUUUUUUAUUUCAUUUUUCUUAUGUUUGUGCUCAUCAUUUGAUUUCCUUUAUUCCUUUCUUCUUCUUCCUCUUCUUCUUCUCCUUCUUUGAAAUAUUAAAUUUUCUAUAAUACAACCUGAGCCACCAGUCACAGCAGCCAGGAAUAGAAUCCUGAACAUGGAUAUGGUGUCCUCCCUAGGGCCAGCGAUCUUUCAGUCGUGGUUCACAGAUGGUACAUUCCACACUCAUUUAUCGUGUGUGGAAUAUAAAUACCAAAUGAGUCUAAUCACCCUCUAGGACGUUUGUGCACUCGUGGAGAGUUAUUCUGUCACCCCAGCCCACAGCCAAAUUUUCACAUGAAAGCAUGUUCAUGUCAUAUGCCCCACAAGCCAAGGUGUUAGUAAUGUCAUCUGGAUCAUAGGGUUAAUUAGACUAUUACUCACAAAUAAUUCACAAAGUGAGUAUGAACAAGUGUAAACAAUAUUUAACCUUUAGUGGUUAUUCUAGAUUUUUUUCUGUUUUAGAGUAUAUAGAUAUAAAGUGCACAUGAAAUUAUUAUAUUUUCUAAAGCCAUAAAGGAAAGUUUAUAUCACUUUGCCUUACACUGUGAUGAAUGUUAUAAUAUAUAACCAAAGAGUUCUAGUCAAACUUCCUAUAAGGAUAAAAUUUAUAUACUGCAACACUGAAUUAGAGAUUCAUGUAUUUCAUAUGAACACAGGAACUAAGAGUAAAAAUGUAUACUGUCUACAAAUAAAAAGUAUACACAAUUAUUCCUUAUUCAACAUUAAACAAAGGCAGUUAUUUGUGUCAGUUAUUUGUGCAAUGAUACUACACACAUUUCUUCAGUAAGAUGUAUUAUGAUUUAUUGACUGAUAAUAGAUAUGGUUUAGAGCAGUGUUGUCCAAACAUUUUUGCCAAUAGUAUCCUUUAUUACCUUCUUUUCCUGUUACGUCCAGCCCCCCACCCCAUCCACCAUGG